GAGAGAGAGAGAGAGAGAGAUACACACGCACACACACACGCACGCACACGGCACGCGCAGACGGAUUUACAGGCGCGACACCGCCGCCGUUCAGUCUGUUCCGUCGUGCGCGCGAGCGACUUCAACUUGAAGUUACACGCAGCGGCGGCAAAAAAAAAAAAUGGGACGGUGUGGAGUUUAAACCGAGCGGAUUAUCACGGGACCGAGCGAACCGGAAGCACAGAAAUCACGUACACCUGUUUUGUUUGUUUGUUUAUUAUUAUCGUUGUUGUUGUUAUUAUUAUUAAAGGAGCGACAUGAAGUUCGCGGAGCACCUUUCAGCUCACAUCACACCGGAAUGGAGGAAGCAGUACAUCCAGUACGAGGCCUUCAAAGAGAUGCUGUAUGCAGCACAGGAUCAGGCUCCGUCUAUAGAAGUGACUGAUGAGGACACGGUGAAGAGAUACUACGCUAAGUUUGAGGAGAAGUUUUUCCAGACAUGCGAGAAGGAGCUGUCCAAGAUCAACACCUUCUACUCAGAGAAGCUAGCAGAGGCUCAGCGACGUUUCUCCACGCUGCAGAAUGAGCUGCAGUCGUCUGUGGACGCUCAGCGGGAGAGCAUCAUGGGAAAGAGCAGGAAGACGGGUCUGGCUCUGAGCAACGAGGAGAGGAACAAACACCGCAACAUCAAAGACCUGAAACUGGCCUUCAGCGAGUUCUACCUCAGCCUCAUCCUCCUGCAGAACUACCAGAACCUGAACUUCACAGGGUUCCGUAAGAUCCUGAAGAAACACGAUAAGAUCCUGGAGACGCAGCGUGGAGCCGACUGGCGUGUGUCACACGUGGAGGUCGCACCCUUUUACACGUGCAAAAAGAUUACACAGCUUAUCUCUGAGACUGAGACUCUGGUCACCACAGAGCUGGAGGGCGGAGACCGGCAGAAAGCCAUGAAGAGACUGAGAGUCCCACCACUGGGGGCAGCUCAGCCUGCUCCUGCAUGGACUACGUUCAGAGUUGGACUGUUCUGCGGAAUCUUCAUCGUCCUCACUGUCACCUUCAUCCUCAGGGGUGCGUUUUAUUUCCACGACAAGAACAUCUGGCCCAUGGUGAGGAUGUACCGCGGCAGCUUCCUGCUCAUCCAGUUCCUCUUCCUGUUGGGCAUCAACACGUACGGCUGGAGACAGGCUGGAGUCAAUCACGUGCUCAUAUUCGAACUAAACCCGCGCAACAACCUGUCUCACCAGCACCUGUUCGAGAUCGCAGGCUUCCUGGGUGGGUUAUGGUGUGUCAGUAUCCUGUUGUGUCUCUACGCUGACUCCACCAGACUGCCCAUGCAGGCCAGUCCUCUCAUCCUGUACGGUCUCAUGUUCCUCUUCCUCAUCAAUCCCUUCAAAACCUUCUACUACAAAUCCCGCUUCUGGCUCCUCAAAUUGCUGUUCCGCGUGUUCACGGCUCCGUUCCACCGCGUGGAGUUCGCUGAUUUCUGGUUGGCUGAUCAGCUGAACUCUCUGGUGAUCGUCCUGAUGGAUCUGGAGUAUCUGGUGUGUUUCUACAGUGUGGAGCUGCAGUGGGGGAACGUGAAUGGCCUGCUGCCCGAUUAUUCAGAUGAUAAGAAAUGCAACAAUUACUCGUAUGGGCUGCGUGCCAUAAUCCAGUGUCUGCCUGCCUGGUUCCGAUUCGUCCAGUGUCUCCGCCGUUACCGUGACACCAAGCGGGCUUUUCCUCACCUGGUGAAUGCUGGGAAAUAUUCCACAACCUUCUUUGUAGUGGCAUUCGCUGCCCUGUACAGCACACACAAAGAUCAGGACGAUGCGGAUGCCGAGGCGUUCCUCUACCUGCUCAUCGUCUUCUCCACCAUCAGCUCCCUCUACACCCUGAUCUGGGAUCUGAAGAUGGACUGGGGUUUGUUCGACCGCAACGCCGGGGAAAACACCUUCCUCCGGGAAGAGAUCGUCUAUCCACAGAAGGCGUAUUAUUACUGUGCCAUCGUGGAGGACGUGAUCCUGCGCUUCUCCUGGACCCUUCAGAUCGCGCUGACCAACUUCACACACGUCUCCUCUGCUGACAUCGUGGCCACCGCUCUCGCCCCACUGGAGGUGUUCAGGCGUUUCGUGUGGAACUUUUUCCGUCUGGAGAAUGAGCACCUGAAUAACUGUGGUGAGUUCCGUGCGGUCAGAGACAUCUCUGUGGCUCCGCUCAACGCUGACGAUCAGACGCUGCUGGAGCAGAUGAUGGACCACGAGGAUGGGGUCAAACACAGACAGGGCAAGAAGACCUGGAGGCGGAGCUACAGCCUGACACUGCGCCGCCCACUGCUGCACUCCCAGUCCAAGAAAGACACCAAGGUGCUGAUUGAGGACACGGACGAUGAAGCCUUCAGCUGAACAACACGAAGACGUUCCACCUCUGAAGAGCACUGCACACACACACACACACACACACACACACAAAACAACAGUAAUCAAGCACAAACAAACAAAAGAGACCUUUAAAAACAAAGUGCUAACCAUAUAUAUACACACACACACAGGGUACUGUUAUUAUUAAUUUGUUGUUAGUUUUUAUAUUAGUUUAGUUUCUUUUUUAAGAAUUUAUCAAUCACAUGACUGUUUACAAACGUAAUAAUAAUAAGCACUACAAAUCUACAGGAAGUGACAUCAUUACAGUGAAGAACUGAAAUGCAACAACACACACUAAUGUAUGAACUUCAGUUCUGGACUGCACACACACACACACACACACACACACACGCACACACACGCACACUUUAAUACUGACGGUGUGUUUUUUCUACUCGUGCUUUUUGUAAUGGCUUCUUCACAGAGCACUUGCAGGGAAAGUGCACGUGGGCACCAUGUCCACUACGCAGGGCCGCCUCACUUCCUGUUCGGAUUUAUUUUCGUUUUAGUCUUUAUAUAUUGUUCAUGUUCUUAAGAGCCAGACUGACCUACAGAUGGUUUUUAAAAACUGGAAAUUUCCAUAAAGACCUAGCAAGCGACUUCUGACGUAGGAACGGCUGUGUCCCAAACCGCUCACGACCCUACCGAGGCUAGCAUGAGUGUUCACUCAGCCAUUUUAACUCAUGUUAAUUCUUUGUUAGGUUUCUAAAGUUGAGGGCGGAGCCUUAGUGAUGAUGUUCUUCUUUCUGAUGUGAGCUACAAAGUCCGGUCUGAACCGCGUUUCAGACGAAUUGAUGUGCUGGGCCAUGUAGAGGGAUGGCGGGUGGAGCUUUCUUUACAGAUUAUGUGAUGUAUAAAGGCGGAGCCUUCGAUACCACAGAGUUUAAGUAGGUGGGUCAUUGUGGGCGGAGCCUGAGUUAUAGAUGAUUUGGGUUGUUGGGCGGUGCUUUCUUUACAGACGACAUGAUGUAUAAAGACGGAGCCUUCAAUACGACACAGCUUAAGGAGGUGGGUCAUUGUGGGCGGAGCCUCAGUUUUAAAUGAUUGAGGUUGUAGGGUGGAGCUUUCAGGAUGUUGAAAUGGAGCCUCCUGUGUGAGAUGAGUGCUUUAGAGGUGGAGCCUUUACAUAGGUGUGGAGACUCAUGCAUGACCAAUGCUUAUACAAGCUCUGUACACACUGCUAGUGGUCAGUAUGUAACACACUACUGAGUGGUUUGGGACACAGCCACUAAUUUCCUUCUGUGUAUUUAUUAGAAUUAGGUUUAGUAUUAGUAUUAGUUUUCAAUUGUGAUGUUAUGAUAAGUUGUCAUUUAUUUUUCAACACAUAAAUACACACACACACACACACAUACACACACACAGAAGAGCGACAGUGACAUCUGGAUGGAGUGUGUGGACACGCUGCUUCUCUGACACACACACACACACACACACAUAUGUCGUCGGGAGGAGUGUGUGUGUGUGUCAUUACUCUAUCCCAUUCAUCCCAAACCACAAGUUGUCCAGCUGUCUGACAGUUAGCACUCACGCUAAUGUUGUCAUGGUUAUUGUUAAAAUCUGUUAACUCUCGGGUUUAGCAUCUUGCGAGCACAAUCUCUCUCUUUCUAUGUCUCUCUCUCUCUCUCACUCCAUCUAUCAUUCCUUCUCUCUGUACAUCACUGUUUUUGCCUCUCGUCGUGACGUGUCAUUCACAAAAGAGUCGACUCACCACGUUCACUUUAACGAGUCGACUCAUUUGUGAAUCUUUUUUUUUUUUUUUUUUGUAGAUCUAAUCCAUUCUGUUAUUCUUGCAGUGAAAUUUAUUGAUGUCAUGAUCACUAAUAUUAUUGUUAUUAUUAUUUAAAAAAGGAAAAAAAUGUCUGGUUAAAAUAUCACAAAUUUCAAUGAGCCACAUGGGAGUCGGAAGAGUCGACUCUUAUCGGUGAGCUGAGCCGAGUGAUUUGAUUCACUGAAAAGAGUCGCGGAUAGAGUGUGUCACUCGGGUUCUCUUUAUCUUUCUCUCACUUCGUUGUCUACUAACACGCAAAUAAUGUCAGAAUGUGGGGAAAAAAAGAAAAUAGGGGAAAAAAGCAGAUGUUUAUGAACGUUUUAGAAGAAUGUGUGCUAUUUUUCUUCACAAGUCUAAAAAAUGAAUCGUUUCUUCUUCUUUUUUACAGUGUCAUAAAUGAUCCACUGACACCAACCACCAAAGAGCUUCUCUGCUACCACACACACACACACACACUUACACACACACACACACACUUACACACACACAUGCUAAUUCUGUCGUCGCUGUGCCAGUGGUUGUCUCUCCUGCAUGCUUCUUCUUCGAUGUUUCCCUGUAAAUAGAUUUAACUUAUUUUCUGUAGGAAUGAUGGGUAAUUUAUUGUCUCGUUAUUUAUGGAUAGAACAGUAUUACAAUUAGCGGCAUGACUCUCGGGUCUCGCGCGUGACACUCUUGUGACUGUGGAAACGUCGACUCCUUCCAUUCCACGUGCCAAUCCUUUACAUAGCUUGUUGUUUUUUGCCGAAGGAGACAGAUCCCUGCGUCGACAAAGAAAAGAAUGAAAAUUUGAUUCGCUGAUUUCAGACUUGAUGACAUUAACUCCUAAUAUUAGCUAGCUAGCAAACACGGCUCUUGAAGUCAUACAUUUGUGCGUUUUAUGUUCACUGUUUCAGUGAUUAAAAUAAAAAGUGAAAAAAAGUCAUUAAAUGAAAUGAAUAAAUUUAGCUAACUAGUACAAAGUUGCCUUGGAAAUGAUACACAACCGUCAGAAAAGUCAACAUUUCCUCAAAUUAUGGACAUCAUAAAAUACUUUUUCCAAAAGUGUCAUGACUGCGCGUUAUCACAGGCUGAUUUUAGCUAGAUAAUUAGCGAGUCCUUGUUUAACGGAGUUGUCUAGCAUAUCGCUAACUCUAGCCAAAGUGAGUGAAAUGAUGCUACAUGUUCUAUCAGUGUGCUGAAAUACAGUGUUGUGAUAUGAUGAGGAUGUAAAUAUCGGCACUUGUCUCUACAUGGGUUCGUGUUUUGGUCACAUGGUGAAAGAAGGUGUGAUGAAUAUUCAUGAGCGCCCAGCGUCCGCUCGCUCGGCGUCGUGAACCUCAGAAAGGCGAGGGGGUUUUUUUGUACGACAUUUUUAUACACCUACAAGCUCUGACAUCGUGUGUGUUCUCAUGGGGGGGGGCAUCAGUCCGUGUGGGGUUCUGUGCACGCUAAAACCCACGAUGUUCCGUGCUUGUUGAUAUUUCUGCAUCUUUUCUAUCUGGAUGUUGUGUCUGUUUCUUACUCUCCCGACUGUGACGAUGUUCGUUAGCUAAUCGAUGGAUAAUAUUAAUAAUAGAUAGAUUAAUAAAGCCUUGUGUGUUCAACGGAGAAGAAAAACGCGUCCUGCCGAGUCGUGUGUAAAACGUGGAGUGAACUAUGAUGCUUGUAAACCAUGCUCUUGUUUCUAUUUCUGUACAACACUUUGGUGAUGAUGUCAUAACUUGGUUUUAUAAACCACGCCUAUUUUUAAA